UGGUCUGCCAUGGUCAUUUUCAACCUGAGCAGUUACAACCCAGGAUCCUUCAUCCUACUGGGGAUUCCAGGCCUGGAGCAAUCCCAUGUGUGGAUUGGGAUUCCUUUCUGUAUCACCUAUAUUGUGGCUGUGGUGGGAAACUGCAUCCUUCUCUACCUCAUUGCAGUGGAGCGUAGCCUUCAUGAACCCAUGUUCUUCUUUCUCUCCAUGCUGGCCACGACUGACCUCAUCUUGUCCACAACUGGUGUUCCCAAAACACUCAGUAUCUUUUGGCUUGGGGAUCGAGAAAUCACAUUCCCAGGGUGCCUUACACAACUGUUCUUCCUCCACUGUAGCUUUGUCCUGGAUUCAGCCAUCCUGAUGAGCAUGGCAUUUGAUCGCUAUGUGGCCAUUUGUUCUCCCUUGAGAUACAACACUAUCUUGACUCCCAAGACCAUCAUCAAGAUUGCUGUGGGCAUCUCUUUUUGAAGCUUCUGCAUCAUCUUGCCAGUUGUAUUCUUACUCACACGUCUGCCUUUCUGUAGGACACGCAUCAUACCCCACACAUACUGUGAACAUAUAGGUGUUGCUCGGCUCUCCUGUGCUGAUAUUUCCAUCAACAUCUGGUAUGGCUUUUGUGUUCCCAUCAUGACAGUCCUCUCAGAUGUCAUUCUCAUUGCUGUUUCUUAUACCCUCAUUCUCUGCGCUGUUUUUCACCUCCCUUCCCGAGAUGCCCGCCAGAAGGCACUUGGCACCUGUGGUUCCCAUGUGUGUGUCAUCCUCAUGUUUUAUACACCUGGCUUUUUCUCUGUCCUUGCCCAUCGCUUUGGACAUAUUUCCCGCACUUUCCACAUCAUGUUUGCUAACCUCUAUCUAGUUAUUCCACCUGCACUCAACCCCAUUGUCUAUGGAGUGAAGACCAAGCAGAUCAGAGAUAAGGUCAUCCUUUUGCUUUCUGUCAAAGGUAGAAAAUGA